AUGUCCAUUGCUACUGUGUCAACCAAUAAAUUACCGUUCGCUAUCCAGACUAUUUUGGGUGGUGAUGAACAAUUGAAAAUUUCCGAAUCGGAGCGAUCAAGUUCCAAAAGUGAUUUUCCAAGAAAAAACUAUGAUCAAAGCUGCUUGCCUGAAUGUCCUGAUAUUAUUUCUAUAGCUCCAUAUCACUUUCCUUGUCAAAACAUAAAAACUGCUGCACUCGAAAUUACAUCUGUACUUCCGUCUAUUAAUCACUGCAAAUUUAUCGAUAAUCCAUCAUUAUCCGUUAUUGGUACAGUUCAGAAUUAUUGUCGCUAUAAUCCUUUUUUCAUACAGUACUCACCGAUACGAUACGGAUUUGCUUCUACUUCGGUAGAUAUGUGGAAUCAAUUUGCUCAUUCUAACGAAUUUAAUAACCUGUUCAAUUUACCCGACAUAAAAUUUAGAAUGCUGUCUGUAAAUUCUUCAAAUUUUUCCUUCUAUUCCGACUUGUCUAGUUCCAAAAUUAUAAAAACUUCUGACAACAAGCAAACUGUAUCACACUGCAAUGUAAAUCACGAGCGUGUUGGAUUUUGUUCAGUUAGAAAUUCUUCAUCACUCCCAAUUAUUAUUACAUCUUUCAAAUCCUCGACUACUGAUAGUACAGGAAGCGAUUCAAUAGAGCCACAAAAAACCAAUCGACGAAAAAGUUCCAUAACACUACGACAUACCAGGCAUUCUUACCAGAAUCGAAUUCCAGCAAGGCGCAAGAAACCGCGUGCAUUCUUUACCAGAAAACAGGUAGAAUCACUGGAAUCCAGAUUUCUAGCGCAGAAGUAUUUAGCAAGUACCGAAAGAGUGAACUUGGCCAAUCAGCUAAAAAUGAGCGACAUUCAAGUUAAAACGUGGUUUCAAAACAGACGUACAAAAUGGAGACGGCAAGAAGCAGAAAAAAGAGAAUCCGAAGGCAAAAAGAAAGUCAAGAUGAUGUCUUGUUACUCAAAAUGCUUUUUUGCCAGACCUGAUAUAGUGCUUUAA